AUGGAUCGCUACUUGACACUCUUGUGCCUUGCCCCCAUCCUAUAUACUAUCUACAGGUGUUUCACCGGCACCUCGCUUUCUCGAGUGCGUGGGCCCAAGCCCACUUCAUUCCUUUUCGGAAACCUUCCCGAGUUGUACCAGGGUCAGGCUGGUGAAGCAGAUUUUCGCUGGCAACGCCUCUACGGCGAUGUCAUCCGGGUGAAGGGCAUCCUUGGUGUAAGCAUGCUGCUUGGAGAUAUGGCCUUCGUUCUCACCUUUGUUCUCGGCUGUAGGAGGAUCAACUUAUGGUUGCUGAUCCGAAAGCUCUGUCACGGAUUUUUGCCACUGCCUCGUAUCAUUUCCCAAAGCCACCUUGAACGUCGGGUUCAGUCGCUGAUCCUGAACGGAAAGAGUGUCGUCUGGGCGGAGGGUGAUAUUCACAAACGACAGAGAAAGAUAUUGAAUCCAGGCUUCGGCGGAGCUGAAUCACGGGCAUUCUUAGUCAUAUCGCAAGCUUCUGCUGAACGUUUGAGCAUGACAUGGAGCGAAACUAUCGAGGCUAAUAACGGCGACAAGGUUGUCCUGGAUAUCCCCAGUUGGAUCUCCCGAGCUACUUUAGAUGCCAUAGCAGAGGCUGCUUUCGACAUCCGGUUGGGCUGCCUUCGGAAUUCCGACAAUGCACUGGCGAAAAGCUACAAUGGGAUGUUAAUGAAUGUUUAUGGCACCCCUUCUUCAAUACAAAUAUUCAUCCAGGAAGCUUUGAAGUAUAUCCCGACGUCGAUCUUAACAUACUGGGCUAAGCACAGCUCAAAUCGUCGUGUCGUACGUAUCCGCGAAACGAGAAAAGUCGCCACUGCCAUUGCAGAAAGCAUGGUGAAAGAGAAGGCAGAGUUUCUCUUGCAGGGGAAGGGAGGCAGGGAUAUCUUCACGCUACUUGGUGAGUACGACAUGCGAAAACACAAGCUAAGCGAUGAAGAGUUAUACUCGCAGAUGCGUAUAAUUCUUAUUGCGGGUCAAGAAUCGACCUCACAUACUAUCAAUUGGACCUUACUGGAACUAGCACGAAAACCAGAGAUACAGUCGAGACUCAGAUCGGAGAUAACACAACACGAGUCUGCCAUUCAUGCUCGUGGCGACACGCAGUUCACAGCAUCCGACUUGGACAAUAUGUUGUACUUGAAUGCUAUCAUUAAGGAAGCUUUGCGGUAUCAUUGUGCGGCAGCGCAAGUGUUCCGCGUGGCUUCUCAGGACUGUAUUUUGCCCCUUUCUCGACCUAUUACGACGGAGUCAGGUGAACUAAUGUAUGAGGUACUCGUUCCGAAAGGGACUCGCAUUAUAGCAUCUGUCGCUGCAUACAAUCGCAACAAGGACAUGUGGGGUGAGGACGCUGACGUGUUCAAUCCAGGCCGUUGGCUGGAUGGCAUUGCCAAGGACAAAAAAGAAGCUGCCACCGGAGUAUACUCGAGCCUGUUGACGUUCGGUGGUGGCCACCGCGCGUGUCUGGGUUGGCGAUUCGCGGUCAUCGAGAUCCAAGCUUUCCUAGUGGAGAUUGUUCGCAAAUUCGAGAUAUCCCUCACCGAGAAAGCGAGGCGAAUUCGGCGUGAAUCGUGUCUUGUGAUGGUGCCUACCGUGGAAGGCGAGGUUACUCGUGGAGUUCAACUACCGCUCGCUAUUUCCAUCACUCCACGGAAUCGGGACGAGUGA